AACAUGUUGAAUAAUUCAUUAUGCAAUCGUUGACGUUGCUGGGUGGUGCAGCAAGCAAGCGCGCUUAGUCCUGCGAAAAGUUGCUCUAGCCGCCAGACGAAAAUAAAUUCACAAGUAUUGCACUUAGAAUAUCUAGCUGAAUCCCCUUGAACAUGAUUAGACUGCCGGAAGCCUUGCCCAGGCCGGGGCCAGCGCAGGCCUCGCAGCGGUCUGGACCGUUGCCUCCUGUGACAGUUCACGUAUUUAAUGAUAUAGCAUGUCCAUGGUGCCACAUCGGAGCGCGACGGUUGCAGAGGGCCGUUCGACAAUACAAACGGCGCUUUGGGCAAGCUGCCCCUGUCAAAUUGCAGUGGAACCCGCUUCUUGUGGACAGCGAAGUAAUGUCAGCUGGUGAGGAAGUCAACAGCUACGCGCAGCGUCGCUGGGGUCUUGGCAGUGUAGAUCCCCUCCACGCACGAUUGGUCCGCGCCGGGCUUCCAGAAGGCGCAACCUUUAGCAACUGGACCACGAUGCCGAACUCCCUCAUGGCUUUGGAGCUCAUCUCUCUCGCGGCGGACAUGGGCCUGGCCGAGCAGGCCAGCGACUUGCUUUUCGCGCGGACGUACGAGCUGGGCGGCAACGUGUCGCUCCUUAGCGAGCUGCUCGACAUCGGGGAGUCCCUGGGCAUGGGCAUGUCGCGGGGCGAUCUGGGUCGAGAGCUCACGAGGUCGGACGGCGACUCGCUGCGGGCCGGGGUGUUGGAGCGGGAUGCGACUGCCAAAAGGAGCGGCAGCCACAGCGUCUGCUAUCGUAACCAUCACCAGCAGCAGCAGCAGCAGCUGCGAGAUAUCCUGUGUUACCGGUUGCGAAUCCAUGCCGUACCGCAUUUCAUCAUCAGCGCCGGUCCCAAGUGCCGUACGAAAUACUCGCUGAACGGCGCGCACCAGACCAGCGACUUGGUGGGUGCGAUGGAGCGAGUGGCAAUGGAAGAGGCGCGCGCAGCCGCUGCGGCUACGGGGAUGCCGUACGGUGGCGCUGUCGCUGCCGCUGCCGCUGGGUCAACCUCCUCCGUCCUGAUCGCUAUCUGA